AAAAGAAAUUAUUUUUUGACUGAAGCAAAGUAUAUAGUGUGUGUGAAUUGCAAAAGGAGUUUAAUCAGGCUGGACAUUGUUCUUGAUUUCUUCAACUCCACGGAGACAUUACAGAAUGUCUGAUCCAAGUGCAAGCCCUGGUAAGGGGGGUAACAAAAAGAGGAACCUUCCGUCGUGGAUGAGUGCGAGGGAAGACCAGAAAAAUGGUGGUGAAAACCAGAAACAGGCUAAAGGGGGCAAGGAGGAUAAUGAGUUUUCCAAGCUACUGGAAGGGGUAGUUUUUGUACUGUCGGGGUUUAUUAAUCCGGAGCGGGGUGUAUUGCGGUCUCGAGCUAUGGAAAUGGGAGCAGAGUAUCAAGGUGACUGGAAUUCGAAUUGCACAUUGUUGGUGUGUGCGUUUCCUAAUACGCCAAAGUUUCGGCAAGUUGAGUCAGAUUGUGGAACUAUCGUUUCAAAGGAGUGGAUAUCAGAAUGUUACGACAAGAAGAAACUUGUUGAUAUUGACAGUUACCUUAUGCAUGCUGGUAAGCCUUGGAGGAAACAAAUUAUAGCUUCCAAAACCAUCCAAGAUCAAGAACCAUCAACAUCUAAAAAAUCCCAGAAGCAGGUAAAAAAGGAUGCAUAUUCGAAGCCCAGUCCUAAAUCGUCUGUGAAGCAUGGUGUAGCUUCUAGUACUGAGCAUGAGUACUUUGUACCUUCUAAAGUGAAGAAAUGGGCUGCAGAUGAUUUUAGCAAAACCAUAUCCUGGUUGGAGAGUCAAGAUGAAAAGCCAGAUCCAAGCGAUAUAAAGAAGAUAGCUGCUGAAGGGAUUCUGACUUGUUUACAAGACGCUAUAGAUUCUCUGAAGCAAGAUCAGGAAAUCCAAGAUAUAUCCGAGCAGUGGAGCUUUGUACCUCAAGUGGUAGAGGAACUGGCUAAGCUUGAACGUUCUCAAGAUAAGCCAGAUUCACUUCCCAAAAAACAUCUAUACAAGCAAGCACUGGCCUGCAAAGACAUUUACGAGAAGGAACUCAAAAUUUUAAAUGAUUCAUCUCCUAACAAGAAAAAGCUGAAGACUGGUGAAACCAAGAGAACAGGCAAAGAACGGAAUGACACCCCCACUAGAAGUGCCGACUAUGACAGUGAUGAAACAAUUGAGAUGACGGAAGAGGACAUAGAUAAAGCAUACAACUCUGUAGCUUCAGCUCUCAGUAAAUUCUGAACAUUAAAGCUUUUGUAUCAACCUACAUUGUAAACCUGGUGUUUCAAGUUUGCUCUCUUUAUGAAUAUGGAUGGCUACCACUGAAACCGCUGGUUUGAUA